CCGGGGGCUCUCCUGCCUCGCCAUGCCGCCGUGGGGCGCCGCCCUCGCCCUGCUCCUGGCCGCGCUCACCCUGCUUGGCCUGCUCGCCCUGCGUCUGCGACGCCUCGCGAGGUGCGCCGUCGGAGCCAAGACACUGCAGGGGGCUCGGUGCCGGAACGACGACGAGGAGGCGGACAGCGGAGGCCCGGCAGAUCGAUUAGGCAACGGGCGCGAGCCGCUUCCCGGCGGGUGCAGGCUCAUCUGUAAGCCGUCGGCGCUGGCUCAGUGCCUGCUGCGCGCCUUGCGACGCUCAGCAGCUCUGGAGCCCGGCCCGCGCUCCUGGCUCUCUGGGCCCCACCUGCAGACCCUCUGCCACUUCGUAUUGCCUGUGGGGCCGGGGCCUGAGCUGGCCCGGGAGUACCUGCAGUUAGCGGACGACGGGCUGGUGGCCCUGGACUGGGUGGUGGGACCUUGCGCCAGGGGCCGCCGAGUCACCAACGCUGGGGGCCUUCCGGCGGUGCUGCUAGUGAUCCCCAAUGCGUGGGGGCGCCUCACCCGCAACGUGCUCGGCCUCUGUCUGCUCGCCCUAGAGCGCGGCUACUACCCGGUCAUCUUCCACCGCCGCGGCCACCACGGCUGCCCGCUGGUCAGCCCCCGGCUGCAGUCUUUCGGGGACCCGUCCGAUCUCAAGGAGGCGGUAACUUACAUCCGCUUCCGACACCCCGCGGCCCCGCUGUUCGCGGUGAGCGAGGGCUCUGGCUCGGGGCUGCUGCUGUCCUACCUGGGAGAGUGUGGCUCCUCCAGCUACGUGACGGGAGCCGCCUGCAUCUCGCCGGUGCUGCGUUGCCGCGAGUGGUUUGAGGCCGGCCUGCCCUGGCCCUACGAGAGAGGCUUUCUGCUCCACCAGAAGAUCGCACUCAGCAGGUACGCCACAGCCCUGGAGGAUGCAGUGGACACUCACAAACUGUUCAGGAGCCGCUCCCUGCGAGAGUUUGAGGAGACCCUCUUCUGCCACACCAAGAAUUUCCCCAUCAGUUGGGACACCUACUGGGACCACAACGACCCCCUCCGGGAUGUGGACGAGGCAGCUGUACCUGUGCUGUGUAUCUGUAGUACUGAUGAUCCUGUGUGUGGGCCCCCAGACCACUUUGUGCCUACUGAACUCUUUCACAACAACCCCUAUUUCUUCCUCCUGCUCAGUCGUUAUGGAGGCCACUGCGGUUUCCUGCGCCAUGAGCCCUUGCCAGCAUGGAGCCACGAGGUCAUCUUGGAGUACUUCCGGGCCUUGACUGACUUUUUCCGAACAGAAGAAAGGAUGAAAGGGCUGAGCAGGCACCGAGCUUCAUUGCUAGGGGGCCGGCGUCGCUGGGGAACCCUGCAGAAGCGGGAGGUCUCUCCCUCUGCCAGUCUGGAGGAGAUCUUCAGCUGGAAGCGAUCAUAUACAAGGUGAAACCUGGCCAGAAACCCCCAACUCCCAUUCUGCAAAGAACAGAGCUGGGCAUGGCAGAGUCCUGAAAAAGUGGUGAGGACUGAACAUAGCAAGCAGCUCGAACUCUUUGCCACCGAUUUCAUCCCUUCUGUUCUGGUCUGUGGAAAGAGAUGGAACUUCCAGCUAGCUGCCACUUAACUUUAUCCUGAGCAGAACUCCUGUCCAGGCUUUCCUCAAUAAAUUCCUGUUCAUCCUGGUCAGCAGCUGAGCAUUCCUGAUCACUGUUUCCUAUGACCAACCUCAUAAGCCAAAGAUUAGCACCAUUUGAACUCAUGGACUUGGGAUAAAAUGCUCUCUCCAUAGCAAUGACUAUAGAGAAGAUGAAUUUAUGUGUGUCAUUGGGCAGCUCUGUGAUCCUGACUUUCAAGUUGGAGCCACUCAAUGUAGUGAGGACAGGAUGUUUGUGUCUCGGUCCCACUUCCCUCAUUUCAUUCUGCGGUUGUGGCUCUCUGCUGACUUCAUGUGGUGGCAGCAGUAGAAGUGGGCUUGGGAGUCGUGUGGCUGCAUCUGUCUUGUGAGAGUGCAAGAGAGGUGGCAGAGGCAUAAGUGCAGUGCUGAGACGGAGUCAGUGAGACCCAAGAUAGAGAUUGUGAAUGCCUGCCUGAAAUACUAAGGCCCAGCCUUUCAGACAUUUCUGCAAAUCUCUGCUGGGAAUGGGGCUGAUCUGCAGCUUUCAGCCUAGGACCUCAAGCCUCACUGGACAGAUCCCAAGGAUGAUUUUAGGAACAGGAAGUCCUUGAACACAGUUUGUGGGACCAUGGUUCAAGGAGCCCGACUCUCAGGCACUGUGGCUGCUCCCUCUGCUACCAUUUCUGGGGAUUAUUACUCCAGAGAGCUCUGACCAGAGCUGCUUUUCUCCUGCAAUGUGGGCUUUCUUUAAGUGGUGAAAAGUAUAAACCUCAUGCCUUAGGUGUUUUUUGGUUAGCGUCCCUCUUUUCGGACACUACUACUAGCCUCUCCCUCUUCAGAACUUGGAGAGACAUCCGUGGCCAGGCAAAACAAAAAUUUCUAAUGAGUUGGCUAGAACUGACUCAGUAAUGUAUGAAUAUUUCACAUUACUAUGCUUUUUUUUCUGCUCAAUUAUUCAAAAGGCCAUUCAUGUAGAUGCAGAAAAAGCUUCUUCCUGAAUCUGGUCACUUAGUGACUGAGUGGGUAUUUGGUUUUAUGAGGAGUAAUACUGAAGACCAGCGUAAAAUAAGCCUUGUACACAUUGAUCCACACAUCCUGCUUCGAAUUCGUCCAUUAAACAAUACAAUAGGACAUCUGAUUCCAUGUGCUGCUAAGAGCUUUGCCCUUAAGUUUUGUCUUUGAGAAAGAGGGCACCUAUUUUUUUUAAUUUUUAAAUUAUUUCUUAAUUUAAUCUUUAUUGUAUUUUUUUUUCCCUGAGGGGACCUGUUCUGACUGGAAGCCCCAUCCUAGCCCGCAAACAGCAAAGCAAUUUUAAAGAGGAGAAAUGUUUACUGAAGCUGUGUCCUAAGGCUUGGUACGAGGACUUCCUGGGACCAUGAUUUCAGAUUUGGAUAAUCUUAAGCCUUGUUCUUCUAGAGAAAAUAAGAAACUCUGAACUAUCCAAGAAUCUAAACUGAAAAUGCAGACAACACUUAAUUGUCUAAGGCACAUUCUCCUGUCAUGAAAAUGUGACCUCUCUCCUUCCUCACUUCUUACUUCUCCCAUUCUUCUUCCUCCACACUCCUCACCUAAAGGUCUGUCACUAUUUCUAAGCAGGAGAAAUAACAAGGAACUGAAACCUAAGAAGCCAUUCUACUGCUGGUUAACAACCUCUGUGUAAGGCUUGGUGAGGGAAAAUUACUGACUUCAGCCCACCCUUCUCCUGCAGCAUCAGGUACAGUGGGAAUUUCAGUUAGUUAGGGGCCUGCAGUCCCGUAUGCAGGACCCUGGGAUCAUACUGAACUGACUACAAAAUGGGAAGUGGCCACUAGUUUUUAAACACCCAUUUCUGACUUAAAUGGCCCUCAAAGGCUAAAUCUAUAGUUUCUCUAGGUCAGAUACCCCGGAACUUUGGUUUUCAGAUAAUAGCUUUUUGAGAAAUCGUGGUUGGUAUCCCUUUCCUUUUACAGCGUGCAGGGUGGGAUAUGUGUGUGUAUAUCUAUUUCUGUAUCUAUCUUUCUAUGUAUUGAGAGAGUUAUAGUCUUAAAGCCCUCCGAUAGGCAAGGCAGCCCUAGUCCAGGCUCCAUGAAUUCCCUUGGAUCCACAAUCCUAAUGACCUAAAUCACCGAUUUUCAACCUUUUUCAUCUCAUGGUACACAUAAACUAAUUACUAAAAUCUUGUGGCACACCAAAAAUAUAUUUUGUUGUUGCCAAUUGGACAAAAAAAGGUAUAAAUUUGAUUUAUACACAAAAGUAAUAAUAGUAAUUACCUACUUUUUUUGCUUCAAAGUGACUUUUUAAAAAAUCACAUGCCUGUACUUGUAUAUAUUAAGAAUUUCUGGUACCAAGAAUUAACCAAUCAGACACAACCUUAUUAUGCAACGUGAUCAAUCGGAUGGAACUCUAUCUGAUUGACCUAUAUGGCUUAUGGUUCAAGACACGGCAUUUACACUGGACAGCUAUUGUCACGUUAGCUGUUGUCAUUUUUUUGACAAUGUAAGGAAGAGGGGUCAGUGCCCCUGACUAAAUAGUCAUGUAUUGCCUGUUCUAAAAAUUCUUGUAGCACACUCUUUGAAAAUCACUGACCUAAACCUUAAAGUAUUUCUCCUCCAUGCCCCUUGUGCUAGAUGUGUUCAUAGCCUAACUCAGGAAGCUACUUUUAUCUCAUCUUCCUCUCAUUGCUUGACAACAUCCCUGCUUUUCAGCUCUUUUUUGCUAAGAAAGUGUAGUUCCUGUACCAAUGGGUUUGGGUGACCCUGUCCUUCAGUCUAACGAUGGGGGGAUCACCAAAAUGGCUCUGCUUUAGUUAAUAGCUAAUUUUAUGAAUUUGGCUUGAGGAGCACCAGACACACUAUUCUGAGAGAAUUUGUGGCCCUUGAACAAAAUGACAAGUUAUGAGUUUGAGGAAGUAAGAAACAAAGAAAACAAAACAAAACCCUAAGUACAGUUGAGUUGGAGUUUUCCAGGUAGAAAGGCAAUCCUGUCAGGCUUCAUUAACUUACUUGACACCUUUUUGGUCUCUUCAUUAUUUAAGAAUACAUUCAAAUGAUUUUUAAAGACCCAACAAAAACAAAAACCACAAAUGAUUUAAAGGAGGCAUUAUCUCAGAAGUAGAAACCGAGUCCUCUGUCUCUACUCAUUGCAUCAUAAUGCAGGAAGCAAAUUGCCUCUGAGUUGGAGUUCUACUAAGUUCUGACCUCUGAUACCAAAGACUAUUCUAAGCAGUAACUUAAGUCUCUCAAAGAUUUAGUGUUUUAUGUAUUUAUACAUAGGUUUCUAGGGUGGCUUGGCUGGAGUCAACAGUAUGAAAAACAAAGCACCAGAUUCUUCACUCUGAGAAGACACCAUCUCUGUUUUAAAUGAAGAUAUCUCUUCUGAAACUUGAGUACUAUUGGAAAAGAGGGCUUGACACAGGAAGUGUUGUCUUUAUAUAUAACCUCAAAACCACCCCCAAGUCAGAAGUUCCUCUGUACUCACCUUCCAUCCAGACCACAAGAUCCUUUGUGUCAAUCACCCUUAGUAAUGCCAACAUCUCUUCUCUUACAAAUGAACUUUUGCAUGAAUACUUCUUGCUUAAAUAAACAUGUACACUUGGCCCCUUUGGUAUAACUUGGAAACAAUGCCAAUUGGAGUAUUUGUAAUUCUACAGCCAAACCCAAAGAUAGCAUCAGAAAUUGUUUUCACUAGUUACCACAGUUGGCAGAGAUGAGAUUGAGGAAUUAUACUUAGGGAUCAUCCGAGUGCCUGGAUAUGGAAUGAAUGCCUCAGGAAGCAGUAAGUCCCACAUAUGUGGGAUAGGCAAGCUACACUGUGACCCUGGCACACAUCAUGGAGGGAACAUGUGCCAAGAAAUAAGCUCUCUUCUCACCUGGAAGUCAGUGAGUUGAAAUAAUGCUAAUGAACUCAGUGAGUUGUAAAGACUUCUGGUUGUUUUAUGGGCUUGAGGAUCGGAAGAUGGCAGACCAGAUCUGGAUUCUGGGAGUUGGAAGAUGACAAAGAUUUUAAUGAAAACAACUCUACCAAAGUGAACUGAUGUUUUUAAGAUAUCCAAUAAUUAUGCUUUAGAGUGUCCAGGAAGCGUUAUAAGUUGAAGGAAAAGUGGAAUUUCAUUGAAACAAUAAAAGAUACUAACACAUCAAAAAAGUAUCUCUAGCCCUUCCGGCCCUCCUGUGUAAUAAGGUAAUACCUUGCCAUAGUGUUUAUCACUAGUACAGUUGAAGAAAAAUCUGUCUUGUUUGC